AUGACGACCCGAUACCGCGUGGAAUAUGCGCUCAAGACGCACCGACGAGACCAGUUCAUUGAAUGGGUCAAGGGUCUCCUUGCCGUUCCCUUCGUCCUCUACUCGCAGCCCACAGGCGUCGUCGGCGAUGGCACCAGCAUCGCCAAGAUGUCAGAGGAGGCGCACCGCCGCUACGCCGAAAUCAUGCGCGACGUGGAAGUCAUGAUUGACGAUCAUAUCGCUCGUCAGAAUCAAGACUCCCCCAUACCCAUACCGUCCAAGUUGGGCAUGUUGGUCCCGACGGCUGGCCCCUUCUUCACCAGGCUACCAUUAGAGGCCGCCUUCAAGUAUCAAGACCGCAAGCGCUACAUUUCUUGCCGCCGGUACGUGGCGCCAUCUUUCAACGAUGUCCGCCUCAUCCUCAACUCUGCCCAAAUCAUGGCCGUCACCAAUGGCACCCUACAGCUCGCCACCUUUGACGGUGACGUCACCCUGUAUGAGGACGGCCAAAACCUCGAGGCCAGCAGCCCGAUCGUACCACACCUCAUGCGUAACAACAUAAAGAUUGGCAUCGUCACCGCGGCCGGCUACACGACGGCUGACGGCUACUACGGGCGCCUGCACGGCCUGCUGGAGACGGUGGCGGCGUCGACGGAGCUGGACCCCGUGCAGAAGCAGAACCUCGUCAUCAUGGGCGGCGAGGCCAACUACCUGUUUGAGUACUCGCAGUCGUCGCCGCACCGCCUCGCACCCGUGCCGCGCGCGCAGUGGCUGACGCCCGAGAUGGCCUCGUGGUCCGAGGCGGACAUCACCGCGCUCCUCGACGUCGCCGAGACGGCCCUGCGCGACUGCGUGCGCUCCAUGAACUUGCCGGCGCGGCUGAUCCGCAAGGACCGCGCGGUCGGCAUCAUCCCGGACCCGCCGCACAUCCAGAUCGCCCGAGAGAGCCUAGAAGAGACGGUGCUGGUGGUGCAGCGCAUCCUGGAGCUCAGCAGCCUGGGCCUGCGCGAGCAGGCCGCCGCCGCCGCGGCGAGCAAAGUCUGCGCCGCCUCGGCCGGCCCGGGGCCCUCCAAGCGGGGCGUGCCGUUUUGCGCCUUCAACGGCGGCCGCGACGUCUUCGUCGACAUCGGCGACAAGUCGUGGGGCGUGGCGGUGUGCCAGCAGUGGUUCGGGCGGCGGGACGCGGGCGCGGCGGCGAUUGGCGGGGAGAACACGCUGCACGUGGGUGACCAGUUCCUGAGCGCGGGCAGCAACGACUUCAAGGCGCGCAGCGUGGGCACGACGGCAUGGAUCGCGAGUCCCUCGGAGACGGUGGAGCUGCUGGACGAGCUGGCGGACCUUACGCAGAAGAAGCUGGCGUGA